GUCGUUGUAGCUGCCAAAGCGUAAAAUUGUAUAAUCUGGGUGUGCAGGAACAAAUGUAUAAGUGACCUAGACUUUUCAUUCAAGUCUCCAUGAACAACUUGAAUGAUCCCCCCAGAUGGAACAUCCAACCAGACCCCAGAGGAAGGGGGGCGGGGGCCAGUGAUGGUAACCAAUGGAACUAUGCCCUGCUGGUCCCUAUGCUCGGACUGGCUGCAUUUCGUUGGAUCUGGACCAGAGAGUCUCAGAGGGAGAUCCAGAAUGUCAGAGCCCAGUAUAACAAGGAUGUGUCUAUAAUAAAAAGUGAGAUGGAGGCACGGUACCGGGAGACACUGACAGAGAGGCGCAAGGCAGCUGCUAUACUAGAGCUAGAGCUGGAAAAGGAGAGACAGAGGGUGAAAGGGUAUAAGCAGGCUCUGAUCUCACAGAGCCAGCAGCUGAUGGAAGAGCGAAAACAGCUACAACAGGAGCGAGAGACCUUGGUGGAAGAGAAGCAAAGGCUGGUGAAUUCCGGAGCUGCAGGUGCUGUGCUGCAUCAUGCCCUGGAACGAGAACAAGGCUGGUGCCAACGAGCCACAGCCACUUUGAAAGAACUUGAGGGUCUGCUUGUGGAGCGCCAGAAUGCCUACUGUUCCCUCAUCCAGCCUCGAGAUCAGCGACUGGAGAUGGAGAAGAACAUGCUGCUAAAGGUCGUCAAAGAUCCCAUCGGGGCAGAACUAGAUCUAGAGUCUGACCUGAGGGAUAUUUUUAAGAGAGAUAAGCACUGUGCAGAUGUGCUAAACAUGGACAAGAGGAAGAACGGAAGCCUAAUGUGGGUGUAUCUCAAGUACUGGCAGCUGCAGGUCACUGUCCAAAAACACAAGAGAGCUGAGGAAGCCAUAUUAGGAGGGAAAAUCCAGUCUCACACUAAGUGACAAAAGACAUAGAUGAGCUGGUGUUUUUCAUUUGACUUAGAAUCUUUAAAGUAUGUGGAUCAGGAAUGGAAAAUGCAUGUAUUUUUGACUCUAAGUAAUUAUCUUUACUUGAUAGAGAUGUUAUGGAAACACACAAGGUCAUCUCAAUAAGAUAAUGUUAAGCAUCUGAAAGCUCCAUCCUUGAUCUUCAGAGAAAAGAAGAGAACAGGUUGGUCAGGUUUACAAUAUAACUAUAGCAUCAGAAGCCCCAUAUAAGACUCAUUAGCUUUAAAUUAACUCGGGGAAAACUUAUAAUGUUAAAUAUGCAUUAGGAUCAUUCUAGUAAUAUCCAUAUUGGAUACUCAAUUAAUGUUUAAUGACAUAUACAAAUUAGUUUUUUCCAUUUAUCCCCUUGGAAAAUAUUGUCAGAAAAUCUGUGUUAAUGUAACUUACAUUCUCUGAGUGCCAUGAAUUAUUGUUAGGUGAGUGUACUGUAUGUCCAGACAUGGACUUUUUUUUUGUUCUCUCUGUUUUGGAUAUGAACUGAUUGCUUACGAAAACCUGUUCACCUUGUCCCAUGUUAUACACACUGCUGAAAGAAACAUUCUUUCUCAUCAGGAAAUUAUUUAAGUAAUAUAAUUUAUUACUAAGGGCACUCACAGAGCGCAGACUUCAGCUAAGGCCAAUGUGAAACAGCACACACCAGACAAAAAAAAUCGAAUUAAUUGUAAAUGAUCUGAUCUGCCCCAAAAUUUAAUGGGUUCUUCCUUGGUUCUUCCCAAUCCUCCACCAAGUUUGGUACAAUUCAGUUC